AACUUUACAAUUUGACCAAAAAUAAACCAAACGAAAGGGACGCAGUUUCAUGUCAGUGUCAGUAGUGGAAUGAAAUGAGAGUAGGAGGAAUCGAACGUCAACCCUAUAAGUAGUGCACAAAAAAAUACUCUCUCGCAUUCGUCCUCUUCAAAUUGCUAGUGAUAAUGGGGUGUUGCAGUAGCAAAGCCGCAGAUACUAAAGCUACCCGCAUGGCGCGAUGGCGUUCAACUGGCAUCGUUGCUUUACGCGACUCCAAAUUGAAGUCUUUUCCCGAUGAAGUUAUUUCCCUGGAGAGAUCUGUACGCACCCUCGACUUGACGCACAAUAAAUUGGUUCAAAUUCCCAUGGAGAUCAGCAAGCUAAUUAACUUGCAGCGUCUAGUUUUGGCUGAUAACCUUAUUGAGAAUCUCCCGGUGAACCUGGGAUUGCUUAAGUCUUUGAAAGUUGCAACACUUGAUGGGAAUCGAAUCAGAGCAUUGCCUGAUGAAUUGGGCCAGUUGGUGAAGCUUGAGCGUUUGUCUGUCUCAGCAAACUUGUUAAUGAGCUUGCCUGAGACUAUUGGGAGAUUGCAGAAUUUGGUGCUGUUGGACAUUUCAAACAAUAAGUUAAAGUUUUUUCCUGAAUCAAUUGGAAGUUGCUUCUCUUUGGAAGAAUUGCAAGCAAAUGAUAAUUCCAUUGAAGAGCUUCCUGCAUCAGUUUGCAAUCUUGUUCAACUAAAAUCACUCUGCCUGAACAAUAACAAUCUCAAUCAGAUGCCUCUAAAUUUGUUAAGAGAAUGCAAGAGCUUGCAGACCAUAUCCCUGCAUGGAAAUCCGAUUUCCAUGGACCAAUUUCAACAGAUGGAUGGCUUCAAGGACUUUGAAGCCCGCCGUAAACAGAAGUUUGAUAAACAAAUUGAUUCAAAUGUGAUAAUCAGUUCUAAAGGGCUUGAUGAGGGUGUUGACUUGUGAUUCCUCUCCGCAGGCGUUUUCUAUAAGGCUCCGCGCAAUCUUGUUAAUCUCAGGUUAAAUUUGUUCAGGUUGGAUGGAAUUGCGACAGUUUUGACUUUGAUGAAAGGCUCUGCAUUCAUGCUUGCAGGUACUAACAAACUAGUAGCCUGACUUCUUUAGUAAUGUUGCCGAGUUUAGCUAAUCAAUAAGUUCCACUUCAUUCAGAGUUGCGAGGUUUAGAGUUUGAGAGUCUGUGAUUAUAUAUAGUUGAUGGGUAGGUCGGGGCCCACUCCCGACUAGAUACUAUAUUCUUGAGGCUUGCAGAGCUGGGUCAUGUCAUAGUACAUCUCAGUCGAACGUAUUGGCAUUACUACUGUGUUAUUAUUAAGCAUGUCAUGUUUGUCGUCUAUAUCAUUUUGCUAUUGUAGAUAUUAUAAUGGUCUUGUCAGCCCGCAUAGCAAUUGAUAUGCUAUUAUUAUGAACUGUUGGGUUAGCUAAAAUUGUUGUUGCUGCGGGAUUCUAUGAUUAUAGCUUUCCCAACCUUGACUUUUA